CUUUUCCAAGCUCGAUACAUUAAAAUCAUCAUCCAACCUCAAUAUUCACCCUUGGUUUUUCUCCUCCCUCGUUAUCAUCUUCUACUUGUGAUUCUUAAAAAAAUAAAGAAAAAAAAUUGAAACACACAAAUUUAAGUCUCCGUUUUAAGAAAGAAAAAGAAAACAUUCGGUCUGAGGUGGUUCACACAGUUAGUGCCGAGUCUCACUUCUCUGCACCGUUGCGCCUAAUGGUUUUCUCUGGAUAACCUCUACUGAGGCAUCCAAUGUUGAAGGGAGAGGCAGAGCCUAAGCAGAAGAGAGGUUGGUCAGAGUCGCUGCUAGAGUUUCGGUCAGGGUGAGGGGAAAAGAUGAAAACUGAGCCAAAGAAACGUUGGAAAUCUCUUGCACCGCUUCAUCUGAAAAGCAAAUCAGUUGCGCGGUUUUGCUUCUUUUCGAAAAUCAAGUUGAACAACUAUGGUCCAGGCCGUGCACCAGUCUAUCUCAAUGUUUAUGACUUGACUCCUAUUAAUGGAUAUAUCUAUUGGGCAGGGCUCGGUAUAUUUCACUCCGGUGUAGAAGUUCAUGGAGUAGAAUAUGCUUUCGGUGCACAUGAUUAUGCAAACAGUGGUGUUUUUGAGGUUGAACCAAGGCAAUGCCCAGGCUUCAAAUUUAAGAAGUCGAUAUUCAUUGGAACCACGAACUUAAACCCGGGACAAGUUAGAGAGUUCAUGGAGAACAUGGCUUGCAGUUACUAUGGGAACAUGUAUCACUUGAUCGUUAAGAACUGCAACCACUUCUGCCAGGACGCUUGCUACAAGCUUACAGGCAAGAAGAUCCCGAAAUGGGUGAACCGGCUUGCGGAAAUAGGUUCUGUGUGUAGUUGCAUACUUCCCGAGUCACUCAAGAUUACAGCGGUUUGCCAUGAUCCAGACGAGCAAAUUCCCGAAGAAGAAAACGAAAAGAGAAGUCUUACGAGCUCAUUCAGUUGCUUGUCUUCCAUCUCCAUGAGACAAAAACAGCUUUCGACGUCAUCCUUAUUCCUACAGUCACCUCUCAGAGGCUGCUUACCUCCAUUUCAACUAAAACGAUCAAAAUCUAACAGCAGUUCCUUAAAAGAAAUGUAGACGACCACAUUUGUCUUUGUAAUGGUGUUCGAAAAAAUGUUACUUUUAACAAUUCUUCAAUCUGUUUGUAUCGCUUCCAAAGCUGGGAACCAUUUCAUCUUUCCAUGUAUUGAUUGCCUCAACUCUGUUUAUAUAUCUAAACUGGCUGUCUUAGUUGAGAACC